CUGAGCUGCUUCUAGCAGUAGCAGUGUGUGUGAGAACAGCAUCUUCCAGACUCGCCGGUUGGUGGGUGGCUUUGUUAUAGUACUGCUAAUUAUUAAUACUAUUAUGAGGCGACGAGCUUGGUCGGGAGAGAUAGCCGGUCCCAGCCAGGUAAGCCGCGCGUUAAUAUCUGCUUCAAACCAAACUGCUCCUUCUCGGACAUGGACUCCGUCUCUGGAGCGAAUCCUCCACCGACUCGGUUGCCGCGACUCAUUGAACCCGACCCUGGUAGCCCGAGUCAUCGAUCCCUUCCUCCUCCACCAUCAUUCUCUCGCUCUUGGCUUCUUCAACUGGGCCUCUCAGCAGCCGGGCUUCUCGCACACUUCCGCUACUUUCCAAUCCGUCCUCAAAUCUCUCUCCAUUGCCCGCCAAUUCAACAGUGUCGAUAUGCUCUUAAAGCAAGUCAAAGCCCUCGAUAUCCACCUUGACCCUUGCGUUUAUCAGUCCCUUAUUUGCUACCACCUUGCAGGCAGGAAAACCCAUAUUGCUUUCUCGAUUUUCCAACAACUCCUCCAUUCUGCGGCUUCCAAAAUCCAAUCUGAAACCUGCAAUUCACUUCUCGCCGCUCUGUCUUCCGAGGGGGGGAACGAACGAUGCCCGCAAGGUGUGUUGGAUGAAAUGCUUCACAGAGGCAUCGCCUUGACUACAGUUGGUUUCGGUGUGUUCGUAUGGAGGUUUUGCAGAAAUGCUCAAGUGGGACAGGUGUUGAAGUUGUUGGAUGAGGUUCAUAUGAACAUAGGGUUUUCACGGCUAAAUCGGUCAAUCAUUGCAUUUUUGGUUGUUCACGGGCUGAGUUCUCAGUCUAGAGCGCCUGAUGCUAUUCCUAUGUUGGAUGACCUGAGGGUAAGAGAAUACAAACCUGAUUUCUUGGCUUACAGAACUGUUGCGGAAGCAUUACGGGAGAUGGGAAAUGUGGUUGAUGUUCAGAAUGUGUUGAAGAAGAAACGGAAGUUGGGGGUGGCACCCAGGUCUAAUGACUAUGGACAAUUUAUAUUUGCCUUGAUAUCUGUGAGACUUGUUUGCGAAGCAAAACAAGUAGCUCAAGUCAUUAUCAGUGGAAAUUUCCCCCUUGAGGAGGACGCUCUUAAUGCUUUAAUAGGAUCCGUAUCAACUGUUGAUCCAUAUUGUGCAGUGUCGUUUCUGAAUUUCAUGCUUGACAAAGAAGGGCUUCCAACCCUUCUUACUUUAACCAAUCUGGGUAGGAACCUCUGUAAGCAUGGGAGAUCCAGCGAGUUAGUUGAGGUUUUUCAAGUUUUGUCCGCAAAAGAUUACUUCGUUGACACACAGAGUUACAACGUGAUAAUUACAUUUUUGUGCAAGGCUGGGAGAAUUAAAGAAGCCUAUCAGGCACUGCAGGAGAUGAAGAAGAAAGGUUUGGUUCCAGAUGUAUCAUGCUACAAUGCUCUUCUGGAAGCUUGCUGCAGGGAGGAUUUACUGCGCCCAGCAAAAAGAUUGUGGGAUGAGAUGUUCACAAAUUGCUGCAAUGGAAAUGUACAGACUUACUCUAUCUUUAUCCAGAAGUUCGUUGAAAUAGGUGAGAUUGAUGAGGCUCACAGGCUGUUUUGUUGCAUGUUUGAGAAAGGGGUUGCACCUGAUGUAACAAUAUAUACAACCCUCCUUGGAGGACUUUGUCGAGCUAAACAUCUGGACACUGCUGUUAGAGUUUUUAACAAGUCUGCUGAACAGGAUAUGAAGCUUGGCCAGACCACUUUGAUUGCAUUCAUCCUCUUCCUUUGUAAAGAAGGUUUAUAUGUUCCUACUUCCAAAUUGCUUACCAGUUGCAUCUGUGGCAUAGAAAAUUUAGAAGCUCAUAUGACCUUUCUGAAAUUUUUAGCAGAUGCUGGAGAGGUUUCAUUGGCCAGUGAACACCUAGAGCAGAUAGGAGAUAAAUCGCCUUUGAUGUUGCAUGCUUUGCACACUGACAUAAUGUCAUUUUCAUCUUCACCAAAGCUCAAGCCAAUUGUAAAGUUAUUUCAGCAGCUGCAAGAAAAUCAUCAGAACUUUUGAAGCUGGUUCCAAGAAGGAAAUGCACAGCAGUAAUCUUAAUGGAUUUCAAGCUUAGUCUUUUUGACAAUGAUCCAAUGUUUAUCCUCCUCCAGGAUAAUACAUCGUCCUCUCGCGGUCAGGGGAAGUACUGCUGUCGAGUACCUAAAGAGUUAUCUCUGCCAUUUAUUCCUUUCUUUUUUUUUUCCAACUAGCACCAGGCCAAGCAGAAAGAAAAGCGAGAACUGGCAUUUAAUUUGGCUUGUAUCCAAGUAGCUCUAGAUUUUGUGAAGAAUAAAGUGAAACGUAAAUUGUUUAAUCUGUAAUAAUAGCUGAGUAGGUUUGUGUAUAUAUGUCUCGCUAUUGUCAUGUAAAUAUGCACAAUGACCAGUGCUGAAACUGAGGCUAAAACUUCGGCUGUGUCCCCUGCUUAAUCUCUUAUUUUUUAAAA